CCAACAGCGUCGAGAAUGAGCGCUUCGGCUUUUGGCGUUUCCUUUUGGCCUACAGCCGCGUCGAGGAGCUAAAUUGGCACUUGAACAAGACAAGUCACGUGCAACAUCUGGCCGUGGAGAUGGCUUCGAUUCCAUUGCGCGAGCUACGACUGAUGCCCAACAAUGACGACCUCGGAGGGAGAUGAUGCGGUGCCGCCGCCCCCGGCAAAGCGGGCCAAGGUGAAAUCGGAGACGGUGCCUGACGAUGACCUAGCGCAUCAAGACGUAGAGGCAAGGUCCACUCUUCUAGCAGCCGGUCGCAUCUCGUCUUGGCUUUCGAGACAGAGGCACGACGAGUCUCGCCAUGCCGUUGCCUGGAGCUCCGACAACCUCAUUGCUCUCUCCAGCGGCAACAACAUCGCCCUAGCUCAUGUCUCCAAGCCUCAACGAGUCCAUUCGCUCGCUUGCAAGGGCGAUGGCGGCGCCGGGGAUUUGGGUCCCAAUGUGCUUACUUUUAGCCCGAGGGGAGACGCUCUCUUUGCCUGCCUCCCGUCCGGGCUCGCAUACCUCUGGACAAGGGGUGCAGCGCUCAACCGUUGGAGACUCGUGUCCGGGAAGGCUAUGUCGUCCCCCUUUCUACUCCCAGGCAAGGUUGUUGAAGCACAGUGGCUCGCACAACCGAGAAGGAGAGGCAAAGACUACAGAAGAACAUACAGCUGCGGACCUCAGUUCUCCGCUGGCGGAUCUUCAACCGAGGUGGCCCUGCUCACAAUGUGCGAAGAUGGCCACGUCGCUCUCAUUCACGCCGAUGUCCAAAGCCAACGCUUAUCUUUGCAUACGGUACCCAUAAUUCCGCCGUUGGGCUCCGAACGGGUCUCUCAUGCUGCUGUUGGACUGGUGCCGGACGAGCCAAGGGCGGUACUAGCUUGCCGAGUCGCAAGGACGUCCAAGUCGAUGCCGUCGGGCUCUGCGCCGGCCGAUGACGCUCUUGGCAUGUUCUUUCGCGACGAGGUGGCUUCGACGCCAUUCCGCCUUGAGGACGGCCAAGAGAAGGUGCAUCUCUUCGAACUCAAGAUCGACUUUAAUAGCCAAGAAGCGACUGUUGCGGCUCGACCACUGGCGCCAAUCUUUGUUGGGCAAGAGCCUCUCCGAAUGUUCUGGACUGGCACGUCGCCCCUCAACCUCGUCGUCGCCUUUGACUCGCCGACGGGCUCGGUCCUCAAAGCUUGGCAGCUCAAGCGAGGCCAGAUCAACAAGCUCUCCGACGCCUUCGCUAGCCUCGAGGCUGCGAAAGCCAGGCCACUGGCAGGCUCGAGCACCGACGAAGAAGAUGACAGCAACGAAGAGUGGAUGGCCGAGCAGACGAAGUUCAGGGCAUUGGAGAGGCGAAAGCUCUGCGAAGUGGUAGUGGCUUCGCACUCUGAUCGCAUUCUUUGCGUUACGGUUCCCUGGCAACAAUGGCCUCUGAACGGUGACCAGACGUCGACGGCAGUAGAGCAGACUUGUGUGCUUGAUAGCCUCACGUUUGAAGUCGCUGAUGACUACGAGGCGCUCAAGUGCAAGCCCGCCGUGCAGUCACGAAUGACACUGUCACCAAACGAUGUCCUCGUGGCUGCUAUUACCGCUGAGGGCCGGCCAUCGCUGUUUAGAUCAUCGAAGGGAAUGUGGGCGUCGGACAACAAAGGACUGCUCUUGGUCCUCUCGUUUCUGCAGGAGAACGACUAUGGCGAUCUGUCGAUGGUGUUGCAAGGCGCCGAUGUCGUCAAGGACUCGGUCAAAUGUUUUGGCAUGGCCCAGCCACCCAAGGCUUCACAGCAACUCAGACUCCUGGAACUCAGGCUUGCUGUCGAUGGAUGCAGACGUAGCCGCCUCUUCUUGGAACUAGCUCGCUUCUUUAGGCUGUCAAGGGAGGCGAGGGUGCGCAACCACUAUGACUUGGGGUCGGUACCGGCUCUCUUGGCCAGCAUAGCUUGGUUGCACGCACUCGUCGAGGAUCUCGCUCGGACUGCGUACCUCCUGUGCGAUCUACCGUCAAUUGCGAAUGGGAGCUCGACCGAUGCGGGAGCCGAUGAUGGCCGCAACGAUGGAGAAAAUGACACGAGGGAAGAGGAAGAGGACGCAACGGCCACCUCGGGCCGAUUGCUGCUUGGUCUGCUCACGCUUUCCAUUCCGCGCAAAGUCGUUGUGGAUCUCACUCGGCGCGUCCGGGCCUUCCGAAACUGGCUCCUCGAAGUGACGACGACGGCCGAGGGCCUGCGGCCGCUGCUGGAAGACGAGGAGAACCUCAAGAGACAGCCGCCGACGAUUGAUGAUGUCGUUGCGCUGGCGAGGGCGCAGCUGUGCGAGAUAGAAGCGAGGAGUCAAGUCAGCCUCGAUGGACUCGCGCUGCUGCUCGAAGGGGAAGAGAAGGGACAGAGUGGGGAAGAGGAGAAAGAAGCUUGGUAUGGGCGGAAGAGGCUUUCGAGGGGUAGGCGGGCCGAGGAAGCCCUUGGCAAGCGAAUCGUGCAAAGCAAGGGCACUGUCAUCAAGGACUUGCUCUUGCUCUUUGUUGGCGACGAGGAAGAGGAGCGGCUCGGAUCAGCGGCCGGCGGCGUGCCUAAGCCGAGCUGGUUUGACGAUGAAGGCGGGCGACUAUGGAGCGCAGCAGCACAGGACGCGACGAGCAGGCGGGACAUCAUCUCAAAGGCGCCCCUGCUCGACUAUGAGCAGCGGCUCACCUGCAUUCGCUGUGGAGGCCAAACAGCGCUGAGCGGCAGCAUUGCUAGGGACAAGUGCCUCUGCGGAGGCGCCUGGUGGGCUUGAACAAGUAGAUCUAAUCAAAAACCCCAAUUCAUCUGUACUUUUACACAACAUCUUUUCAUCCGGUGCAGAAUGAUAAUCUGACAAGUACUUUUUCUACCGGUCUUGCUUGCCCUAGUCGUCGAUGAGGAA